CUUUUCUGUUCCCAGAAGUCAUGAGCAAACACUGGGCUGCACUUCUGCUGGUCCUGAUCCAGCUCCACCGCAGCCGUGGCUGUCCCGCCCCGUGCCAGUGCUUCUCGGCCGCGAAGGUGGUCUGCGCAGACGAGGCCAUGACAGCGCUGCCGCUCAACAUCUCAGCUCAGGUCAGGGAGCUGAUCGUAGUGGCGUCGGGCGUCACGCAUCUGGACGGACGCUCCUUCAGGGAGAACCUCAGACUCAGCAAACUGGUGUUCCUCAACGGCCAGGUGAAGUCGGUCUCGGGCGACGCCUUCGAGCGGCUGCCGGAGCUGCGGGAGCUGGAGAUCAGCGGGAACCCCUCGCUGGCGCUUCAAGGGCAGGCCUUCGCCUCGCUGGCCAACCUCACAAGACUGAUGCUCAACCACAACAAGAUCAGCACUCUGGCCGCCCGCAUCUUUGAGUCUUUGCAGAAGCUGGAGAUGCUGCAGUUGAAGGGGAACGGCUUGUUGUCUCUUCCCGGUCGUCCCUUCCAUGGUCUCCACAAUCUGCUGGAGCUGGACCUGUCCUUCAACCAGAUCGACUCGGUCCCGGCGGAUGUGUUCCAGAACAACUCUCUCCUGAGAGCGCUCUCGCUGCAGGCCAACAUGAUCCCGCAGCUUCCGGCGGGGAUCUUCUCCCACCUGGAUCACCUGGAGGAGCUGAACCUCCGAGGCAAUCGCAUACGCGAGCUGAGCGCCGACGUGUUCCCGCACAGCCUCCGGAAGCUCGUCCUCAAAAAGAACGAUCUGGCGCAGCUCCACCCCUCGCUCUUCCACAAACUGCUUCUCGUUACCUAUCUGGACUUGUCUCAGAAUCAGCUCUCCGAGCUCCCUGCGAAUCUCUUCCAGAACCUCAUCUCGCUGAAAAAGCUGGAUCUGUCCGAGAACCGGAUUACGACGCUUCCCGGCACCGUCUUCAAAGGGCUGUUCGGUGUGAAAGCCAUCCAUCUGCAGAAGAACAACCUGAGCUCCCUGGAGGAGGAUCUGCUGAAGGAUCAGCACGGCAUGGAGCAGCUGUACCUGUCCAUGAACCGCCUACGGAGAGUCCCGCACGGCUUAUUCGACGAUCUGGACUUCCAGUGCCUCGUUCAGCUCCACGGGAACCCCUGGCGCUGCGACUGCGGGAUACAAUACCUCUCCGACUGGAUCAGGAACAACCUCAGGAACGUGGAGGACGUGGCGCGGGUUUACUGUCAAGCUCCCGAGUUUAUCCGAGGGCACAGCCUGGUGUCCGUGGACGAGGAGCGGCUCGUCUGUGGGAAAAACUCCAGCUCCGCCGACACAAACACCACAGAGAUCCCAGUUGAUGGCGAUGGUGGCGAUGGUGGCGUUCACUGCUCGCUCCGAGAUUUCAAAGGCCAGGCAACCAUUCAGUGCAAACUCACUAAAUGCACCAGCGUGAAGUUUCAGGCUCUUUUUGAAUUUGGGGAUGGAAGUGAAUCGGAAAGAGUCGUGAGCAAAGAGUGGCCAGCGCCUGCCGGGUGCUCCAACGGGACG